AUGGCUUCACAAAAUAGCAUUUACACACCAGGUCAAUUCAUGAACCCGGGACCCGCGCCUCGACCUCCUGCUGGCCCUCGACUAAAUUACACUCCUACUACCGCGAAUAUUCCAGGAAAUGUGUCUGCCCCUAACAUUUCCCAGUUAAGCAUCAAUUCUCCAAUCGCCAGAACCGCCACAUCGACAUACUCUGGCUCGACCGUCUCUCUUCCUUUAGCUCGACAACAGACCAAUAUGGAUGGACAAGGAGGAGUCGCAGUGAUCAAGGAGGGAUGGGCUUCAGUCAAGGAAGGCAAGAACUUCAUCAGCCCUUGGAAGAAUAAGUGGCUUAUCCUCCGAAAGGAAGCACUCGAUUUUCAUAAGACUGAAGGUGGUAAAGUUGCCUAUCAAAUUGUACUCAAGGAUGUUCUCGGAGUUUCAAGAGUUGAGGCCGCGGGAACUAUCUUCGAAAUCAGGAGAACCAUGAACGGCUCAUCAAACAACCCAGGAGAUGAUGAUAGUACUGGGAGGACUCUCCAGAUCAAAGUGAAGAGCGAUGACGAUUUGUACGAAUGGAUUGACUUCAUCUAUGCCCGUUGCCCUGGAAUGGGCGGUGUCAGCAACCCAACUAAUUUCAGUCAUUCUGUCCAUGUCGGUUUCGAUCCCAAUACUGGAGAGUUUGUCGGAUUGCCUGCAGAGUGGUCAAAAUUGUUGAACUCUUCAGCUAUUACCAAGGAAGAUUAUGAGAGAAACCCCCAGGCUGUUUUUGAAGUUCUGGAAUUUUACUCUGACAUCACCAAGCGUCAACAAAAUCCCCAGCAAUUUUCGAGUUUGACACCUACACCAUCUGUCGCUCCAAAUCAAAACAAGCAACUUGGUUAUAUGCCAGGUAAUUCUAUCGCACCUCCCAGGCCUCUUCAACCCCAACAGCAGCCAAGCAACAAUGGUUACGGCUCGCCACAGCAGCAGCCGCAGCAACAACCAAGAAGACCCACACCCCCAGAGCAAAGUCAGCAGCGCAAUCAAAUGCAACAAAUGGCAUCGAACUAUGUUUCUCCUGAUCAACGUGAGGAACAGAGACAGAUGCAACUGGCUGCGCAAAGACAGCGAGAAUUUGAGAUCGCCGAACAGAACCGACUGGAUAUGGAAAAUUAUAACGCAUCAAUUCCUCAAACUCGCACGCCAGUGGCCAAACAGGAGAUUGGUGGCGGUGGUUACUCGAGCAGUCCAUCCCAAGACCGCUACAACCCGACUAGGGUGGCACCUUCUGCCCCUCGUCCACAGCAAGGACAACAAACCGCUGCUCAAAGACCAGCCCAGAGACAAGCUCCGUCUGCGCCAACUUCGAAUGGUCCAGCCAGACCACCACUUACCACUCAGCAAAGCUCCUCUUCUAUGAGAGACCAAAAUGGAUCCGAGAGACAAGAUCCUCGAUAUCAAAAUGGCCAAGCCGCAAGUGCAUCCCAGCAGCAGCGACCAGCUCAGCAACAACAACCACCGUCUAGGUUGCCUGCCCCAGUCAACAACGUCAAGCCACUUAAUGUUGCACCAAAACCAGCUGCUAAUGGCGCCCAACAAAACGAUGCGGUCAAAGCUGCAGAAGCUGCUCUUACCGCUAAACCAGCCGCUUCUGAGCGCACAAAGGAUGUUAGAAUGUCAACCAUGUCCGAGAACGAGGUUAUGGCUAAAUUGAAGGAAGCUGUUUCCAAGGAUGACCCCAACCUUUCUUACUCCAAGCAGAAGAAAAUUGGACAAGGUGCUUCAGGCUCUGUAUAUGUUGCGAAGGUCAAAGAAAACCCAGCAUCUCCUGUUGCUCGUGAAGUGUUGCGUCAACAAGGCAGCAAAGCUCAAGUCGCAAUUAAACAAAUGGAUUUGGCUCACCAACCGAGAAAGGAGCUGAUUGUAAACGAGAUCAUGGUUAUGAAGGAUAGCAAGCAUCGCAACAUUGUCAAUUUCCUCGAUGCUUUCUUGAGAAACAACUAUACCGAACUCUGGGUAGUUAUGGAGUAUAUGGAGGGAGGUGCCUUGACCGACGUUAUUGACAACAACUCGAACAUUACUGAAGACCAAAUUUCCACCAUUUGCCUCGAGACUUGCCGUGGACUCGAGCAUCUGCAUGCACAAAGCAUUAUCCAUCGUGAUAUCAAGAGUGACAAUGUUCUGCUCGAUGCACGUGGUAAUGUCAAGAUCACCGAUUUCGGAUUCUGCGCCAAACUCACCGAAUCUAAAUCCAAGCGCGCCACCAUGGUUGGUACUCCUUACUGGAUGGCUCCUGAAGUUGUCAAGCAAAAGGAAUAUGGACCAAAGGUUGAUAUUUGGUCUCUUGGUAUCAUGGCUAUUGAGAUGAUUGAAUCUGAACCCCCAUAUCUCAACGAGGAGCCUCUUAAAGCUCUAUACUUGAUUGCCACAAAUGGCACCCCUCGUCUCAAGAAGCCUGAAAAGCUCAGCAAAGAACUCAAGGCUUUCUUGUCCGUCUGUCUUUGUGUCGAUAUUAGAAGCAGAGCAUCUGCAGAUGAACUGCUGAUGCACGACUUCUUGAAGCAUGGGUGUGAUACUGCUAGCUUAGCUAACCUCCUACAUUUCCGAAAGAACGCCAAAUAA